GGAUGUGAACCGGAAGUGACUUUUAAUGUUGAUACUCGAGAAAGAUGGCGGCACAGAGGCAUAGUGAUGAGAAGAAAGAUGAAGAUGAGGACAUCUCCUCAGUUAUGGGCUUCUCUGGGUUUGGUAGAAAAGCUCGGACUUUCGACUUCGAGGCUAUUUUUGAGCAGACCCGAAGGACUGCCAUUGAAAGGAGCCAGCGGGUUUUAGAAGACCGUCAGCAGCAGGAGUCUGAGAGUUCAGGUCGCAGUGCUGCCUCCUCUACAACGUCUGCCUUCAACCAGAAACAAAAACCGUCUGCUUCCACAUCGAGCAGGCAGACUGAAAGUGACGACAGCAGUGACAGCAGUGACUCUGAGCUGGUUGGUCCUCCUCCUCCUCCUGCUCGCUCCACACAGGCUGAUGAUGAUGAUGAUGAUGAUGAUGAUGACGAACAGAUUGGACCUCCGCUUCCACCAGGCUUCAGCCGCACCACAGCUGAUGAUGACGAUGACGAUGAUGACACCAUGCAGGAGGAUGAGGAUGAUGACCCAGUUAAGAAGAUUCCAGACACUCAUGAGAUCACGCUCCAGCAUGGUACAAAGACAGUCUCGGCACUGGCGCUCGACCCGUCUGGCGCUCGGCUGAUCACCGGGGGCUACGACUACGAUGUCAAGUUCUGGGACUUUGCCGGGAUGGAUGCAGCUCUGAACGCCUUCAGGUCCCUACAGCCUUGUGAAUGUCACCAGAUCAAAUCCUUACAGUAUAGCAUAACAGGUGAUGUGAUCUUGGUGGUAGCAGGAAAUGCCCAAGCCAAAGUGCUGGAUCGGGAUGGAUUCCAAGUCCUAGAGUGCAUCAAAGGGGACCAGUAUAUUGUAGACAUGGCCAAUACCAAGGGCCACACGGCCAUGCUGAAUAGCGGCUGCUGGCACCCCAAGAUCAAAGAGGAGUUCCUCACCUGCUCCAACGACGGGACUGUGCGGACCUGGGACCUGAACAAUGAUAAGAAGCACAAGUCAGUAUUCAAGCCUCGAUCCAUGCAGGGCAAGAGAGUCACCCCAACCUGCUGCACCUACAGUCGAGAUGGCAAGCUGAUCGCCGCUGGCUGCCAGGACGGCACAAUCCAGAUCUGGGACAGAAACUUAAGUGUUCAUACCAAGUUCCACUGCCGCCAAGCCCAUGCUGUCGGCUCGGACACUUCCUGCCUCACCUUCUCCUACGAUGGAACCACGCUCGCUUCACGAGGAGGGGAUGACACUCUGAAGACAUGGGACAUUCGCAACUUCAAGAAACCUCUCAAUGUUGCCACAGGGUUGUGCUCAUACUUCCCAAUGACAGACUGCUGCUUCAGCCCUGAUGAUAAACUCCUGGUGACGGGUACUUCAGUGAAGCGCGACCAAGGGAACGGCAAACUGGCCUUCUUUGACAGAGAGUCCUUCAAGAAAGUAUACGAGAUCGAAGUGGCUAGCGCGAGUGUGGUCCGCUGUCUCUGGCAUCCAAAGCUGAAUCAGAUCAUGGUCGGGACGGGGAACGGUCUGGCCAAAGUCUACUACGACCCAGUCAAGAGCCAGAGGGGCGCCAAACUUUGUGUUGUGAAGAGCAAGAGGAAGGAGAAGCAUGCCGAGACGCUGACGCAGGACUACAUUAUCACCCCCCACGCAUUGCCAAUGUUCCGCGAGGCCAGACAACGCAGCACCAAAAAGCAGCUGGAAAAAGACCGACUCGACCCUGUGAAAUCCCACAAGCCCGAGCCGCCCGUGUCCGGCCCAGGCAGGGGGGGUCGCGUGGCAGCCCACGGAGGCACCCUGUCAUCCUACAUCGUGAAGAACAUCGCUCUGGACAAGACAGACGACAGCAACCCCCGCGAGGCCAUCCUGCGCCACGCCCAAGAGGCAGCAGAGAACCCCUACUGGGUCGCGCCUGCGUACAAAGUGACUCAGCCGAAUCCCAUGUUUGCAGCGGAAGAAUCUGAGGAUGAGGAAGACGACAAGGAGCCAGAGUGGAAGAAACGCAAGAUCUGAAAACGAGAGCUGCAUUACAGUUCUUCUCCUCAAAUCGGUGGAGUUACCACCUUGUGUGUAUUUUACCAUAGGCAUGUUUAAGACGUAAUCACUUGUUUUAGCUUUUGUGUUUGUUUGAGAGAGAGAGUGAGAGAGAGAGAGCGAUGGGGGGCAACAGCGUCUACAUCAUGCAGUUCUGAAGUGUAACUGAUUUUUAUAUUGGGUAGACCUGCAAGUACUGAAUGUACAGAAUGUUGGUUUGGAUACAUUUUUUGAAGCAGCUUGUUUUUAAAGAUUUUUCAAUUUGUAUUUUUGUGUCAUGUCGCAAAAUAAACAUGCAGCGUGUGUGGUCAGUGCACACGUUUGCAUUAGGAAAAGAA